UCACCAACAAGUCCGUCCAGACACCGACUCGGGUAGCUGUUCACCAUGGCGGUAGCUCGAGAUACCUUCAAUCGCCGAUCCUUUGGCCCCGGCCUCAAUACGAAUAUCAAGGAGCCUCGCACCCGAACCGUUAUGCACCCUGCCCCUACCUGCCUUGCCUCGUUCCGCCUCGAAAUCUCCAUGAUCAAAAGAUGGAUCCAGACCGGCCCCUCGAUUCCAGGUUCGUGCUAACUCAAGUUCCUCAGUCGCGCGUCCUCAUGGUCGGCGCUGGUGGGAUCGGCUGCGAACUGCUCAAGAAUCUCGCUCUUUCGGGCUUCGGUGAAAUCCACAUCGUCGACCUCGACACCAUCGAUCUCAGCAAUCUGAACCGACAGUUCCUUUUCCACCACGAGCACAUUGGUAAAUCGAAAGCAUUGGUGGCCAAGGAGGCGGCCCAGAGAUUCAAUCCUAACGUCAACAUCCUCGCGCAUCACGCAAACAUCAAGGAUGCGCAAUUCAGCGUCGAAUGGUUCCGAGGCUUCAAGGUGGUCUUCAACGCGCUGGACAAUCUCGAGGCGCGACGACAUGUCAACCGAAUGUGUCUCGCCGCCGAUGUGCCGCUGAUCGAGAGUGGUACGACUGGCUUCAACGGCCAGGUUCAGGUUAUCAAGAAGGGCAUUACGGCAUGUUACGAUUGCACGACGAAAGAGGCGCCCAAGACCUUCCCCGUAUGCACGAUCCGAAGCACCCCGAGCCAGCCCAUACAUUGCAUAGUCUGGGGCAAGAGCUAUCUCCUCAACGAGAUAUUCGGCACGAGCGAGGAUCAGGCGGUCGUGGACAAUUCCGAGAACGAGGACAACGCGUCGGAGAUUGCCGAGCUUAAGAAAGAGUCGGAGGCCUUGAAGAAGAUACGAGAUUCGGUUGGCACCGCCCAAUUUUCCCAGAUGUUGUUCGACAAAGUAUUCCAUAACGACAUCCUCCGCUUACGCUCGAUGCAAGAUAUGUGGAAAUCUAGAGAACCGCCGACGCCCCUUCAGUACGAGACCUUGAUAGGCCAAGCGUCCGAGGCGCGUGCGCGCAAGGACGAGAUUGUCAAAGAUGGCCAGCGCGUGUGGAGCUUGGAGGAGAAUUUGGUGGUAUUCAACGACAGCUUGGACCGUUUGAGCAAGCGCAUGUUAGAGCUGAAUCAGGCCGCGGGUGCGGAUCUACCGAAACCCACCAUCAAUUUUGACAAGGACGACGAGGAUACGCUCGACUUCGUCGCCGCCAGCGCCAACCUUCGGUCGCAUAUCUUCGGAAUCGACCGCAAGUCGCGCUUCAAUAUCAAGCAGAUGGCCGGCAACAUUAUUCCGGCCAUCGCGACGACCAACGCUAUCGUUGCCGGCUUGUCCGUCAUCCAAUCCUUCAAGGUCCUGAAGGGCGAGUACGACAGAACGCGGGAGAUCUUCUUGACGCCGUUCGCACCCCAGAGGCUGCUCGGGACGGAUCGCCCGCGCCCACCAAAUCCAGAUUGCCCGGUCUGCGGCUCAUACAAUACCAGCAUCUACGUAGACCUAUCCAGGGCGACACUAAAUGAUCUAGUGGAGGAUUUCGUCAGAUUGCAGCUAGGCUACGGCGACAAGGAAUUCGCAGUGAACAGUGACGCCGGUUUGCUCUACGACCCAGACGAGACUGACAACCUGGACAAACCACUGAGCGAACUCGGUGUGAAGCAGAAUGGCUUUGUCACGAUCGUGGACGAGGCUGACGAGGAUACGUUCAUCAACGUCGUCUUAAACGUCCAGGAAGCUAAACUCGCGGAUAAGCCGAUCAAAGGCCCCGGAGCCGACCAGGCCCCGGAAAUCCCUCGAAAGCCGAAGAAAGUGGUCGUUGUAGCCGCGGAGAGCAACGGAGUUGGGCAGACUAACGGUAAGCGCAUUGCCGACGGCGAGGUUUCCAUCAACGAGCUCAAACGGCCGAGGGCGGAUGGUCCCGAUUUCGCGCCGGCCAAGAAAGCCAAGAUGGCCGCUAUCGCCGGUGCCGACGACGACGUGGUCGUUGUCGACGACAAUGACGCGAGCACCGGGGCUAUCGAAAUUCUUGACUAGGUGUCGUCAUUAACCUACACGAGUCAAACCGCCACAGUAUCGAUUGACUCGGUCUCACACCGCACUCAAGCCUCCGUCUAUGUUGAGGACACAGUUGUGCGCAUAGGGAUUUCGGGCCAGGAAUAACGCAGCAUCAGCCACCUCAUCGGGAGAACCCAUCCGCCCUAUAGGGAUUUGGGAAGUAA